AUGGGAAAACGAGCGAGCUACCGAAGCCUUGACCGACGGCGAAUCUACACGACCUCUUACCGCGACGCUAUCGUUUCUAUCGCGAGCGUCCAUACGGAAACGGUCAACAUCUGGUCACAUCUGCUCGCCGCUCUUUGGUUCGCCACAAACGCGGCACGCUUUACUGGCGCUGCAAUGUGUUUGUCGUCUUCUAGCACAGCAGCCGUUCUUACCUACCUGGUGGCAACCGCUUUCUGUUUUGCAUGGUCGGCACUCUACCACAUCUUUGCAGACCAUACUGCAGCAGACUUCUGGCUGCGUCUCGAUCAUAUUGGAAUCAUCUGCGCUAUCUGGGCCUCUUCCGUAUCGUUCGUAGAACUCUCCCCUGGCUGGCACUCUUCCGAGCGCUGGAGACACAUUCUGAUGGUAACUGCCACAGCCACGAUUUGCUGUAUGUGCCUGUCCACCGUCUCGCUGUGCGGCAACUUGAAGCAAAGCUUUCGCAUCCGCACGCACGUGAUCAUGGGCAGCGUUGCAGCCAUCCCCGCACUGCGUUGUUGGCAUCUCCAUAGGCCAGGGCAGUGCAUGGGUCUUCUUGCAGACUUUGUGACCAUGAUCGUUAUCAACGGGUCAGGAGGCGCUAUCUACGCAACACACUUCCUGGACGAGAGAAUCAAGAAGAAGCUAGGCGUGCCGGGUGCGACCCAUCAGGUCAUGCACGUUCUGGCUGUCGUUGGAGCACUAAUCUACGAGCGCGGUCUGAUGCUCGCGUACUUUCAGCGCCAUAAGCCAGACGAAGACUGUCCUCUAUGGGGUUGA